AUGGGCAACACACCUCCCCUCAAGAUUGCCUCCCGCAAAAUGAAAGUCGAGCCUCAAGCCUUGUUGGCAGCAAUGGAACGGUAUGGCGAGCUCACUGAAGAAGAUAUUGCGCGCGCAGGAAAGAUGAUUGGAGAACCCAAAAAGAAAUCCAAGAGGAAGAACCGCAGAAUGAAAGACGCUUCUUCUAGCACUUCCUCCUCAUCGUCGGAAAUCUCUUGUGCAAGUACUGGAACUGAAAGGAUGUCUCAGCAGUCGGCAGUUUCUGAUAUGAGCCCUCAGAUGAUCUUGAGAAUGCUGGAGCAGGGCAACGACGCGGAGAACUUCUUCGCUGCCGUCAGAGCCACAAGACACAUUCCCUGCAACGAGAAUGAAGACGACGACUGCCUGCUCCCAGAAUCCAUCGGCUACGUGCAAUGA